AUGGCGGUCAUCAUGGCCGUAGGGGGUGAGGAGGUAAUGACGCCCGACGAGUUCGCCAGAUGGUGGGACGACCAGGCGGAGGCGCGCAAAGGCGGUGCGCGCUUCGCGGAUGAGCUGAGAUUGGAGGUGGCCAAGCGGCGAAGUUUGUCCAACUUCAGGCAGCUUAAAGUGGUCGGUGGACAGGGCGAGAUCUUGGACGCUAGCUGGGAUGUCGAUGGGCCGUUUUCGGUGGUCGUGCGGCCGUACAUGGACCCGACCGAGCCAUUGACGCUCUCUCACGCAGCUGAAUGGAGAGACUUUGGUUUGCUCGUGGGUCUCUUGGAGACACCCCUUGACCCCAACCUGGACGACGUCAGAGCCUCGCCUCUGCACGUCGCGGCGCACACCGGCGACCGCCGCAUCGUGUGCUGCUUGUUGGAUGCAGGCGCUGACCCGGACAAGGCGAACCACCGCUUGCGUACCCCGCUCCACGUGGCCGCCAGAAAUGGUCAUGAAGAAGUCGUGGACAGCUUGCAGGAGAAAGGUGCUAGCAAGGACAAACUCGAUGAAAGCGGGUGCAGUCCCUUGCUUCUGGCUGCUCGGCAUGGCCAUACCGAAUCCGCGCGUUGCUUGCUGGAAGCUCGCGCUGACGUGGACCUCGCGUGCAGAGACCUGUGCACGCCUUUGCACUUUGCCGCCACCUGCGGCAACCAGCGACUAGUGCGUUGUUUGCUGGAAGCCGGCGCUGACAAGGACAAGACCGGGGAAAACGGGGUCACGCCGUUGUUUCUCGCAUCCAGACAUCGGCACGAAGGAGUUGUGCGAUGCUUGCUGGAAGCCCGUGCUGACGCGAACCGGGCAACCAGCGACUGGUGGACGCCGCUGCACUUCGCGGCGCGGUGCGGCAGCGCGCAGGUGGCGCGGGACUUGCUGGAGGCCAAGGCCGAUGCAGACCAGGCGAAAGACGAUUGGUGCACCCCUUUGCACAUCGCCACCAUCAAUGGCCAUGCAGGACUUGUGCAUAUCUUGCUUGAAGCUGGUGCGAAUGCCGACAAGGCGGACGAGGCUUGGCGUACGCCUCUGCAUAUCGCAGCCCAAAAGGGCAGGGUGGAGAUUGUGCGCAGCUUGCUGCAAGCUGAAGCUGAUAUGCACAGGGCUGUAAAUGACAGCUCGAGGAUGCGAGCUGAACCGUCGUUUCGCGGCUUGCUGGAAGCUGUCACCGACGACGACGAGGCUGAGGACGACAAGUGCACGGCGCUACUCUUCGGCGCGAAGAAUUGCCAUACGGACGUUGUGCGUUGCUUACUGGCAGCUGGCGCUGAUGCGAACCAGGCUGGGAAGGACCGGUGGACUCCCUUGCAUUUCGCAGCCAGCCGCGGCAACGCGGAGGUGGCGCUGAGUCUGCUGGAUGCCCGAGCCGACACGGGCAAGGUCACCAUUUCCCGGCGCACGCCUCUACACCUCGCCGCCAUCCAUGGCAUGGCGGAAGCGGCGCAGAUCUUGCUGGAAGCUGGUGCCGACAAGAACCUCGUGGACAAUGACUGGUGGACACCGUUGCAUCUGUCGGUGAAGGGCGGGCAUCCACAGGUGCUGCGUCGCCUGCUAGAGGCUGGCGCGGACGUACGCAAGGCCGUAGCUGACUGCCCGAGGCUCUUGCAAAUUGCGGCGGAGAGUGGCAAUGAAGAAGUGGUGCGUUGCUUGCUGGAGGCAGGCGUUGACGCAGACGAGGUUCAAGCAGACCGGGUCACGCCUUUGCACAUCGCCGCCAAGAAUGGCAAUGCGGCGAUUGUGCGGGACUUGCUGGGAGCUGGUGCUGACAUGAGACCCGACAAGGACUGGUGGAUGCCUUUGCAUUUUGCUGCCAGCUAUGGCCAUCCAAAGAUCGUGCAUUGCUUGUUGGAGGCGCGUGCUGAUGUUGAGGCGGCCACCCGGAGCGGCGGCACGGCGCUGCAUUUCGCGGCCGAGAACGGGGGUGAGAACCUGGUAAGGUGCUUGCUUGAAGCGGGCGCCGACAAGAACAAGCCUCAGGAAGAUGGGCUGACGCCCUUACUCUUCGCUGCCAUGAACUCCUGUGAGGAAGUUGCACGUUGCUUGCUGGAAGCUGGCGCUGACGUGAACCACGCCAGUCAGGACAUGUGGACGCCUUUGCAUUUCGCGGCGGAUGCGGGCAAUCAGAAAGUUGCACGGUGCUUGCUGAAAGCUAAUGCAGAUGCGGAGAAGCUGGACACUGACUGGUGUACCCCGCUGCACGUUGCUGCCACGGAUGGCCACGUAGAAGUUGUGUGUAGCUUGCUGGAAGCUGGCGCUGACAAGGACAAGGUCGACGGUGAGCGGCGUUCGCCUCUACACUGUGCUGUUGGAGGUGGGCAUUGGAAAGUGGUGCGUUGCUUGCUGGAAGCGAAGGCCGACGCCACCCAGGUGGAUGAUGACUGGUGCACGCCCUUGCGCCUGGCGGUGAAGAAUGGGCACCGCCGAGUCGCACGCUGCUUGCUGGAAGCAGGGUGUUGCUCGCCGAGUCGCUCGCUCAGUGAGCCCGGUGCAAGCGAGCUGCUGGUCGAGACCUCGAUGCAAGCGCCUGCCAAGCGGGCCAGGUUGAGCUAG